AAACAUUUGCUAUCAUCAGAUACUAUUUUAAUAGCUGAUCAAUAAAAGUACCGUCUUCGUGGGUUUUAGCACCGGUAAUGCUGUUCUUAUUGCAAUUCAGUCUCCAAUACAGCAGGUGGCGGUGCUUGCUAACGCAGGAGAUUGUAAAUUACGUGCCCCAUGCCUCACAGGAAAAUAUGGAAACGUGGUAAUGUGUAUGGAGCUGCUAUGGAGGAUAUACCUGCAGAUGUGAAGGCGUUCCUUCGGGAACACCCGUUUUUAGAGGUUACAGAAGCUAAAAAGAUAAAAUGUACACUUAAUGGUCACGAAAUCCCUCUAAAUGUAGCAGAGCUCCAUAAGUUUGCCUCCGGAAAGAAGUACGAAAAGCUCUGCACUCGGGCAAAUUUUAACUACAGUGAAUAUGAGCCACAUGUGGUGCCGAGCACCAAGCAACCCAAUCAGCUCUUCUGCAAGUUGACUCUCCGCCAUAUCGGUCGGAUGCCUCACCAUGUUUUGAGGCACGUCAACGGGAAGCGUUACCAACGGGCUCUGCGGCAAUAUAAUGAAUGCAAGGAAAAAGGUAUAGAAUUUGUGCCUGCAAGCCUGAAACACAAGAAGCCUAAAGAAGGUAGAAGAGAAGGCAGGCAGGCCAGCUCUAGGCGAGGGAAUGAAGUGUGGGCGCCCAGUUCCAAUGAAGAAGAUGGCAGCGAAUCAGAGGACAGCUUGAGUGACCUCUAUCCUUCGUCCAUGUUCACCUUGAAAAAGCAGUGUGAGGUGGAGAGGGAUGGCGAUGACGGCUUUCAGACGGUUGAUGAGGAUCAAGAGGCUUCGCCAAUGGAGGUGGACAAACCAGUGUCUGAGAAGCGAAAAAAGGGACAGGCUUCAGGUUUUAAGAAGAAAUUCAAGAGCAAGAACAAGAAACGAAACCGCAACAAUAAAAUUGUUUGAGUUUAAAAAAAAAAAAGCUUGUUGUUUUUCUAAUAAAUUAAUAUGAUUUAUCACUA